AUGUAUUCAAAAUUACUUGCUCUUUUAAUGAUGAUUACAUUUUUUUGCGCUUUGAUGACAUCUGUCAACGCGAAGGGAUGUCCUGAUCCAGCACCAUUUUGCGAAGAUACUGAGGUGUGCAUCUUUAAUCAAAAUACCCAAACAUGCACCUGUUCAUGUUGUGACGACAAUGGACUAAAUUGCAAACAGAAUUUUCCAUGA